CACCCAAUAAUUUAUCCGCGGCGGCGGCGGCGUAGUACGGCGGCGCAAGGGUCUAACUGGAAAGCUCCCAUUACCGCUAACUAGAUUUUAUGCGAACUAAGAAUUACGACUUAUACAUAUAAAUAAUUAUAGGAAAACCAAAACUAAAACUUAAACAGAGAAACAACAUAGAAGAGAGAUUUUAGAAAAAAAUAUGCAAACUGAGCACUAUUUUUACCAUAGACUAUAUUGAUACAAGCUACAAAUUAAUAUGUGCAGUUCGUGAAGGAAACCUAGAAANAGCAAGGGAGUUACUUACUUAUUUUGGACUAUCUUAUUCACAAGCAUGGAAAGAAGGAUAUGUUUUACUUUGUGAUGCUAUUGAGAAAAGGCAUACAGAAGUUAUUAAACUACUUUUAACAAACGGUUCUAAAGUUAACAGCAACACUGACGAAUCUCAUGAUACUCCACUUCAUUUUGCUGUUAUAAAUAGUGACAUAGAAAUUGUUAGAAUGCUUCUAGACAGAAGUGCUAACAUUAAUGCUGAAAAUCAGUUUGGCAGAACUCCGCUUCACGAUGCAAUUGAAAAUAAGGAAAUAGAAAUUGCUGAAUUACUUUUAAAUCAUGGAGCUAACGUUAAUGCUAGUGAUAAGACAGGUGUUACACCACUGUGUCUCGCUGUUCAACAAGGACAUGUAAAUGGUGUUAAGAUGCUCAUGGACAGAGGUGCUAACGUUAAUGCUGAAACUCGGGAUGGCACAACUCCGCUUCAUGACGCGAUUGAAUAUGAUGAGAUAGAAAUUGUUGAAUUACUUUUAAAUCAUGGAGCUAACGUUAAUGCCAGUGAUACGUCAGGUAUUUCACCACUGUGUCUUGCUGUUCGAAAAGGACACGUAAAUGGAGUUAAAAUGUUUCUUGACAGAGGUGCUAACGUUAAUGCUAAAACUCUGGAUGGCACAUCUCCGCUUCACGAUGCGAUUGAAAAUAAGGAAAUAGAAAUUGCUGAAUUACUUUUAAAUCAUGGAGCUAACGUUAAUGCCUGUGAUAAGUCAGGUAUAAUUUUAUAUUGUAGCUGAGAAAAAAUAUUUACA